UGCUGCCGGUAGCUCUGCGCGCUGCGGGGCCACACUGCGACCGCAUCGAGGAGGAAGAGGAGCCGCCGAGCCUGAGCCACAGCGGCGGAGCGGCACACACACACACACAUAUAUAUAUAUAUUAUAUAUAUAUGUGUAUAUGUAUAUGUAUAUAUAUACACUCAUACACACACGUAUAUAUGUACACACAGCGGAGGAGGGAUCGAACGCGCGGAUAACAAACCCCUGAGCAGCAGCGGCAGAAGGCGUCACAUCUCCUGAAGAAGAGGAGGACGAGCGGAACGAUACUAGCGGAGAUCUUUUUCAGGAUCUCAGAUCGCAGAAGCAGCGACGAACGACGCGGUGUCGGUAACCCCCCCCCCCCUCCCCCCGUACUCCCGGACCACGGACCAUCCUCCGGUUUUAUAUUUUUCUUCUAGCAGCCAGCUCGGCGCGAGGACACCAUGAAGGACCGUACGGCGGAACUGCGAAGCGCUAAGGACAGCGAUGACGAUGAGGAGGUGGUGCAGGUGGACCGGGACCACUUCAUGGAUGAAUUCUUUGAACAGGUGGAGGAGAUCAGAGGCUGCAUAGAGAAGCUGUCGGAGGAUGUGGAGCAGGUCAAGAAGCAGCACAGCGCCAUCCUGGCCGCCCCGAACCCGGACGAGAAGACCAAGCAGGAGCUGGAGGACCUCACAGCCGACAUCAAGAAGACCGCCAAUAAAGUCCGCUCAAAAUUAAAAGCAAUCGAGCAGAGCAUCGAGCAGGAGGAGGGUCUCAACAGAUCAUCAGCGGACCUCAGGAUCCGUAAGACACAGCACUCGACACUGUCUCGUAAGUUUGUUGAGGUGAUGACUGAGUACAACACCACGCAGUCAAAGUACCGCGACCGCUGCAAGGACCGUAUCCAGAGACAGCUGGAGAUCACUGGGAGAACCACCACCAACGAAGAACUAGAGGACAUGUUGGAGAGUGGCAAGCUGGCCAUUUUCACCGAUGAUAUCAAGAUGGACUCUCAGAUGACCAAGCAGGCCCUGAACGAGAUCGAGACCCGGCACACCGAGAUCAUCAAGCUGGAGAACAGCAUCCGUGAGCUGCACGACAUGUUCGUGGACAUGGCCAUGUUGGUGGAGAGCCAGGGGGAGAUGAUUGACAGAAUCGAGUACAACGUGGAGCACUCUGUGGACUACGUGGAGCGAGCCGUGUCCGACACCAAGAAGGCCGUGAAGUACCAGAGUCAGGCCCGCAAGAAGAAGAUCAUGAUCAUCAUCUGCUGCGUCAUCCUGGGCGUGGUCCUGGCGUCGACCAUCGGCGGCACGCUGGGCUUCUAGACCGCCGACCGCCAGCAUCGAGACGGGAAACCAUGACGACGAAAACGACGACGACCACGACGACGCGACUGAAAAACUUGAAACACAAAUGCAAGACAGACAACAAUCAGCUAGGAAGAGAAAACGAUCCAAUCACAGUUUGAAACAUGGGGCCGGGUGGGGUUCAAAAAACAAAGGCAAAAAAAACACGGCAGCCUAGCUGACCGAAAUACGCCGCGUAUACAAAAAGAAGGGUACAAAUAAACCCGCUAUUUAUUGCAGAUGUACACGUGUUGAACAUACAUGCGUUGGUUAACCUGUAAAGAAACAUUAACGUUAGUUUGGUUCGCCUUGUUUCCUUAUUAUUUCUUUGGGGAGUCUCUGGGGAAAUGAAGCCGGCCGCGUGGGGAGGCGUUCCAGCUCAGGGGGGGGCGACCUGUAGGACGAGGAGAGAGGGCGACACGCCGCCAUCAGCCGGUGGACCGCGAGGUGUGUGUUUGUGGGGGGGGUCGUCAUUGCAGCGGGGCAGGUUUCCAUGACAACAGGCUCCCCUUCAUGUCACAUCUAUCCAACCAAAGAGCAGGGGGGGGGGGGGGCGAGAGCUGAAGGUGGGGGUUCCUAAGAGCCGGGAGGAGGCGGGCAGUCAAUCUAUGCAGUUUAGAUAAAUGGAAGACGACUCGUCCCGCCUCCCCGAGUCUGCCAAUGAGGACAGGGCUGUUCUUCCAGAAGAUUCUAAGAAAAUAACAAUAAACAGAACACAUUAAAAAGUGAAUGAGAAGGAAACCGAGUUGAGGAAGGAGCUCCCGGCCGGAGGCGCGGUUUGCCGUUGCUUGGUGGUCCCGGGGCCUGUCCGCCCCACGUCAUCUCUGCUACUGUUCAUCCGCCCCCCCGCGCCCACCGUUCUUUGGGGUUGGUGAUACGAGGCUUCGUCCCAUCUGUGGAUCAUGUGACACGCAUCCACCACACGGCGUGUGCAUAAAGAACUUGUAUACAUACACACCGGACCCCCCCACUCCCCUCUGUGUUACAUAUCACGCCAGUGCUAGACUGGGUCGCUUAGCAUGCCGUAGCGUUAGCUCGUGUUACAUGUAGGUCGUGUAGAAGCUGCUUGUUGGAGAUUGAUCUCUUUUUUUUCGGGUCUUUUUAUUUGACAUGAAAUACACUUUUCGUGUGUCCAGACUGGUGUUGAGGAACAAAUAAACCUUUGAGCUCGUUCGCUGAUCUCAACACGAGGUUCCAUCGCUUGUUUUUUCCAGAGCGGUUCUUUCUUUGCUAAUUAGAUCUGACGACGACCGUUCUUUGCAAAUUUUGUGAAACGAGGUGUAUUUUCUCUCCUUUUGGCCUCUUUCACAACGAUGUAGCAAUAUACACAGAAAUCAUACGACGUAUUAACUGUCUAUCAGACACCGUUAGCAUUAGCCGCGCAACUCCCUCUGCUUCUUUUACAGCAGCGAAGCUUUUCAACGGGAGAUCAUUUGAAGCGGCGUGUAAACCUCAACACUGCUCUGGGUCGGGGCCACACGCGUGUGCGUUACGUUUGUCGUACUAGCAUGUUUUGUUCUGUUAAUGUGAUUCCGUGUUGAGAAGUAACACUAUACGUGUGUGUUGCCCCGAUCAGGAUGCACGGGGUGUGUGUGUGUGUGUGUGUGUGUGUGUUGAAAAUGACUACACGGUAUUGUGACUCUGGCUUCACGUCAGGGGGCAGGGAGGCGCUUUGAGGAGGGAGGGGGGCAAACGCCACCUUAAACCCACCCGACCGCCCCGCGCUUCACUCAGUCAAAGCAAUAAAGUCACUUUGUUAUCGCUAAGUUUCAUUU